AUGGACGGCGGAAGGCGGCGGAGGAGCGAGAAGCCGUAUAAUGGCAUAUGGAUGCGGAAAUGGGGGAAGUGGGUCGCAGAGAUCCGGGAGCCCAAUAAGCUGUCCAGGAUCUGGCUCAGCUCCUACAACACACCCGUGGCGAAAACACGGGCCUACAACACGGCCGUGUUCUACCUAUGCCAUCUCACGACGAAGCUCAACUUUCCGGAUCAUUUAUUUUCCGACGCCAUCCUCAAGGAUCUCUCCACCGCCGCCAUAAAAGAGAAGGCGGUGGCGGUUGGCGCCAAUGUCGACGCUCUACAGGAGUCCAUGAGAUGA